AAACGAUUGGCGCGGGGACAUAAAGCGCGCGCGCCUUUAAAAUUCAAAAUUAAAAUAAAAUUAAAAUUCCCCUUCCCAUUACGAAUUGUGUAGUAGCUGUUGGUGUUUGGGAUAUCGAAACCGAAAUCGAAAUGGGGGAUCUGGAGAGAAUGGGCAAAGAACUCAAAUGUCCCAUUUGUUGGAGUUUGCUCGAUUCUGCAGUUUCACUUACCUGCAAUCAUCUUUUCUGCAACUCAUGUAUAUUCAAGUCAAUGAAAUCAGCCUCCACUUGUCCUGUCUGUAAAAUACCUUUUACUCGUCGUGAGGUUCGCCCAGCUCCGCACAUGGAUAACUUGGUUAGCAUCUACAAAAACAUGGAAACUGCUUCCGGGAUAAGUUUAUUUGUCACACAAAAUGUACCUGUUACUAAAUUAUCAGAUGAAGAAAAGCAAUGUGAGGGUGAUGCCGCAUAUGUAAAGGCGGAAGCUGGUGAAGCUCCUAAAAAUCAUGCACAGGAGAAAAAAAUCCUGAAGAAGUCAAGGAAGAAGACUCAGACCAGCAUGAAAAGUUCAGGUUCUGACUCUGCAAAACCUUCUUUUCCAGCAAAGAAAAGGGUUCAGGUGCCCCAAAAUCUUCUUUCUGAGACUCCAUUAAAAAGUUUGAAGGCUCUUAACAAAGGGGGAAUAGAACGGGCUUCGGUGAUGGAAAAUGAAAGGCCUCUUCAAAGUGAAAAACACGAUCGUGUUCUUCCACCUUUCUUUUGGUUAAGAGAGGAAAAAGAAGGUGAAAAAUCAAGUCAACACACUGAUGAGGAUCAAACUAUUGAUGACUUAACUCCAAAUCCCCCUUCAUUCAGUGAUCUCAAGGACUCGGAUGAUGAAUACCCUUCUAAUGUGGCCCCAUUAGAUGAGGUGCAAAAUAAAACCUCUGUUGAUUUAUUUGAUAGUGAGAUGUUUGAAUGGACACAAAGGCCCUGCUCCCCUGAAUUAUUUUCAAGUCCCUCCAAAAUCCAGGUCAUGGACACUGCUGAGAUUGAUGAUAAUCGAGAGGGAAUGGUGGCUGCCUCACAAGAUUUGGAAGCAAAUAAUUCAAGUGCUGAUGCUGGCAACAUAACUUUUGAGAAUUUCAAAGAAGGAAAUAGAUUGGUUGAUGUGUUACCACUGGGUGUGUCUACUCAGAUUAGAAGUUCUGAUGAUCUAAAUGUAAUAAAGAAGUCUACAAGGAGAAACAGGAAGGGUAGGGAGAAAACUAAGCUAGAACAGAUUGGGAAACAGAAAAAUUCAAUUGAUCAAAUGGAUUCUGAUUCAAAUAUAUCAUUAAAAGUCACUGGAGAGCAAGCAUUGGACUAUAAUAACAGACCAUCAAACCUGCGGAAGACUAAUAGAAGGGGCAAGAGGGUUUGUUUCAAUACAAGUACAAGUCAGACGCCUCUAACUGCUUGUACAGUCUCUAAUGUAUUAGGAGUUCUAAGCAAUGAUGAAAUGCAAAUGGCUAAAAGUUCAUGUACUUCAACAUGUGAACAAGAAAAUGGGAAGCAUUGUCCUGAAGAGAUUGGUGGAAAAAGGCAGAAGAAAAGAUCUGGAAAACAAAAGAUGGAUUAUGUGCAUGUGCAGGACCUAGCUGAAGAUUUAUCUUCAUUGCAGAACCAAACCAAUGAGUUUGCUGGUUCUGCUUCAUCCAUUUUCAGUCUGCAGAUGGAUAAGAAUGGAAAGACCUCUAAUAGCAGGCAAAGCAAAAGCAAGUUUUCCAGAAAAUCUGUGUCUUGUGGUAAAGAUUUGAGAACUAGUAAGAGGUCAAAACUUUCCUCUCAUUGUAUCUUUAAGGCUAAAGACUGUGAAGAAAUUCAACCUGAUGAAAGCAUUUGUCAAGCUCCAGAUAAUUAUAUGUCAAAAGAAAAAUAUUGUCCUUUGAUGGAUGAAACAUUUUUAAAAAAAUGUGAGAACCAUGUCAAAAAGUAUCAAUGUGUCUUCUGUCUCUCAGCAGAAGAAUCAGAGGCUUCUGGCCAGAUGGUGCACUACUUUGAUGGCAAGCCUGUAACUGCAGAUUAUGAAGGGGGAUCUAAAGUCACACAUUGUCACAGGAACUGCACAGAAUGGGCCCCCAAUGUGUAUUUUGAAGGUGAUAAUGCCAUAAAUCUUGAAGCUGAAAUAAGUAGAAGUCGGAGAAUUAAAUGUAGUUUUUGUGGACUUAAAGGGGCUGCACUUGGUUGUUAUGAGAAAACUUGUCGCCGGAGCUUUCAUGUUCCUUGUGCCAAGUGGACUUCUCAAUGUCGAUGGGAUAUGGAAAACUUCGUCAUGUUAUGCCCUCUGCAUACUUCCUCCUUAUUGCCCUGUGAAAAAAGUUCAGGAUCCCAAAAAAGGAACAAAUGCACAGCUAGAGAGGGCAAUAACCGUGGGGGUAAACAUGAUGCUGCAAGCCAAAGUCGGACUGUUCAGAGAUCAUACAAGAAAAUUGUACUAUGUUGUUCUGGUCUAUCCGUACAGGAGAGGGAAAUUGUCUCUGAAUUUGAAAGAGUAUCCAAGGUUACAGUUUUGAAAAAUUGGGAUUCAAAUGUCACCCAUGUUAUAGCAUCAACGGAUGAAAAUGGGGCAUGCAGAAGGACCCUCAAAGUAUUGCUGGGUAUCCUGGAGGGAAAGUGGAUUCUCAAUGUUGAGUGGGUCAGAGCUUGCAUGAAGGGAAUGAAUCCUGUUGAUGAGGAGGGUUAUGAAAUUAACGUUGACAUCCAUGGAAUCAGGGAUGGUCCUCGGCUUGGACGAUUGAGAGUAUUGAACAAGAAACCAAAGCUUUUUGAUGGCUACAAGUUCUAUUUUAUGGGAGAUUUUAUACCUUCGUACAAGGGUUAUCUGCAAGACCUUGUGGUGGCUGCUGGAGGGACAAUUCUCCAUAGAAAACCAGUGUCUGCUGACCAAGAAUCAAUAGCAUCUGAUACGCAUCCAUACCAAACCCUUAUUAUUUACAGCCUAGAGCUUCCUGAUAAAUGCAUUCCUUCAAGAAGGGAUACGAUUUUCGGCCAAAGGCGACAUGAUGCGGAUGUUCUGGCAAGCUCUACAGGUUCAAAGGUAGCGAGUAAUAUAUGGAUUCUGGAUUCAGUUGCAGCCUGCAAGCUGCAAAGCCUUGCUCAAUAAAAUGUAAAUAUUGUCUUUUACAUCUAUAUGAUCUCAAACUGGUGUUUUCCCUUUUCAUCAUUAACUAUCAAGUCAUGUUAAAAUUAACAUUGGCAAUAUUAUUGAACAAAAUAUUUAGGAAUCAUGAUACUCUGUACCAUGUUUCAUGUAUAUCUCCACUGGAGUGGGAUUUUUGCCUUUGAAACCAUGAUAUAUCAUUUG